GUGAAUAUUGGGGAGGUCAGUCUAUGUCACAUGAUGAAAACAAAUGAAUCAUUUUCACGUUUUGCAAUGAAUUAUCUGAUACCUUAGAGGUGUGGAUGCAACAUAUUCUUACCUGGUUGCACCUUACUGUUAGAAAUUAACGAAAUGACUUUUUAUGAGUAAAUAAUUUCAGCUUGACAGUUUUUUGUAAGAAUACAAACACAUUGAAGAAUUUAAACAAUGAUGAUGCCUGUUGCUGGUGAAGAUAUUGUGAAAACUACUGGAGGGCAAAUUGAUAAUAUAGUGUUUGCUUUAAUUGAUGCAACCUUAGACCGUAACGAUAAUGUUACUCAGGCUAUUCAAUCAUCACUAUUUAGUAUUGGAAAGCAUCAGCCCAAUUUAGUGCUUAGCAGCUGUUAUUUUUAUCUUGCAAGACAUCCUAAGCUGGCCUUAGUUCAUAAAAUAAUAAUUUUGGGUGUCGUUGAAAAAAUUUGCACUGAAGUUUUAAAUUCCAUCAAAAAGAAUGUUGCUGUUGAAAUUAUUAAGCUUGCUGUGGAAGAAAUGGUUAAUACCAAAGAAAUUGUACCAGAAUGGCAAAACUUAGCAAGUGGAAUCCUUGUGUCAUUAGGGCGCAAUUUUCACAAUGAAGUUAUGGAACAAUUGCUUUUGCGAUUUCAACCAGGAGUUUUACCUCAUUUUUUUGUAGUUCAGACCAUGGCAAAUUUAGCAUCUGCAAAUGUAUUUGGAAUGGUGCCCUUUUUAAAAUCAGUACUUGGAACCAUGUUGCCUUUAUUAGGCAUGGUAAAAUCUGAAAAUAUGAAAUGGACCUUUGCUCAUGCUUUGGCGAAGUUUUGUGAAGCCAUUUUGGAAUAUAUUGCCAAUGCUGACAAAUCACCUGAUCCAUCUGUUACUAAAGAAGCCUUUGUCAGUGAAAUAAGCAGUGCUUAUGAUGUUCUUUUUAUUAAUUGGUUACCAUCUCGUGAAGCAAAGGUAAGAUCUGAAGUUGUUGUUGCACUUGGUCAUAUGACUCAUCUUCUAAGUCCUGAAAAGUUAGAAGAGCAUCUUCCCAAAUUUAUUCCAGCAGUUUUAGCUAUCUACAAAAGGCACCAAGAAUACCAACACACAACACGGGGUUUAUGUAUGGCUUUGGAUGCUGCAAUUUCCAAUCGUAGUGUUGUUCUUGAAUCACAACUUGAUAACAUAUUAAAUACUUUGUUCCCUCAGAUAUGCACCUUACCAGAUUAUUCUCAACCAUCAGGAGUAAGGAAUCAUAAUGAAGUUUUAAGAUGCUUUGCUGUCUUAGCAUCUGUGUAUUCCAAUCGGUUAGUUACGUUCCUACUUCAGAAACUCGAAAGCAGUAAUGAAGCUUACAGAAUUGGCUCCUUAACUGUUUUCAAACAUCUGAUUAACUCCUGUGAUGCACAUAUUUCAAACAAAGUGCCAUUAAUUGUAUCAGGUUUAAAACCUAUUUUGGAUUCAGGAAAUAAGGUGAAAAAGGUUAUAGCACAAGUUAUUGUAACUCUUGCCCACCAUGAUCAUUUGAAAUCAGACGAUGGCUUAGAGUUAGUGAAAUUUAUUAUUUACCAGUGUGCUUUGCCAGAUGAUCCAACAGCUAGAAGAUCAGGUGAUCCCAGUUAUGUCAGUAAUGAAGCUCUCCGAGGAAUGUGUGAAAAUGUCAUACAUUUAUUAACUACUACAGUAGAAAAAAUGGAAGAUAUUCUUUGGCCAAGCAUUUUAGACUGCUUGCUAGAUGAAAAUUUGACACCUGCCAUUAGUGCUGUUUGUAAAAGUCUCACGGUUUUGGCUUCUAAAAAAAGAAAUGAAUUGGGCUUGGAUUUUACCAUUGACUAUGGAUCACUAUUGAAGGUCACAACACCACAAAGUUUGCUUGCUAGACUGCUUGUUGUUAUUGGUCGUCCACAUGAAGAUAGAGAUAGAGGAUUACAUGCUCUAAAGUUUAUGAAAGCUGUUGUGCCUGCCAUACAUAAAGGGCCUAUAUCUGUAUGGGAUAAAGACAUUCCACUUCUUAUCCAAUACUUAGAAUCUUUUGAUUCUACUGACUGGGACCAGAAGCAAUGGGAAAAUAAGGUUACAGAUUUUAUAAGUGAAACUUUAGCACACAUUGAUCGCGAAGAUUGGAUAAUUCCCUAUGGAAAGGCUUUGCUCUCUCAGUUCAACCUCUAUAGUGAUUCAGCUGAUGACAAAUAUGUUCUUCUGAUAAAUCUGGGUUUAGUUAUACGGAAAAUAGCUAACAAAACUUUCCUAAAUGAGGCACUUGAUACCAUUUUUCAGAAUGUUAAUCAUUCAAACCCAACUGAAAGACUGGGCUGUGCUCUUGCUGUAGGUCUCUGUGGAUCAUCUUUUGCAGAUUUAGUUCUUGUGAAAUUAGAAAAUGUAGCUAAGGAUUUCAAAAAGAAUGCAGGUUUAUUUGGUUUUAUACGUGAAUUCACGGGUGACUCUGAUCAUGAAAAUCUUAAGGCCACCAUCAUUCUUUGUUAUGGACACAUUACCAUCAAUACACCUAUCCAGCAGAUAUCUCCUAGGAUAGAAACUCCUAUUUUGAGAUGUGUGGCCACUUUAUACUCAUCAUCAAAGGAUCCUAAUGUGAAACAAAGUAUGCUUGAAACAAUUAAAUUAAUUGCUGAUGCUGUUCAUUCUGGUCAACAUAAAAAACAAUGCUUAGAUGAAUUGCGCUCAAGAUCAGAAUUGUUAGGUCUGAUGAGGACUAUCUUAAAAUCUGAAACUUCCCUGCCUUUGACUAGCAACAUUCGUUCAUUAGCUCUGAAUGCAUCAGCAAGUCUUGUAUCUCUUGAUCCUGCUUUAAAAGAUGAAGAUAAAAGAAAUAUCAUACAAGUAGCUGUAGGCUCAGUUUAUUCUUUACCCAGAGACUUCCUUCAUGAAAAACCCAAAGAAGAAGGCAUAGAUCCUACACUAGAUUUUGAUAAGCUGCUUAUUUCAACUGUAGAUGCCCUUAAUUUUUUCUUGCAAAAGUUGGUAUUGAAGGAAAGGACUUUCACAAAUUUAGAAUCAAUUCUGCAGAUUUUACAUAAAUGGAUGGUCUCAAAAAAUGCCGUUGAACGUGAAAGAUGUUUACAUUCAACUCUUCAUAUUCUUCGGGCAUAUGCUGAAGCUUCUGAAAAUGAUGCAUACGUCCCUUUUAACACUCUUGGGAACAUUCUUGGAAUGCUGGUACCUAGAUGCACAGAUCCCCAAGUAACUGUACGACACCUGGCAUUUGAUUCCAUAGAUGUUGCUGUAGCUAUGGCUAUGCGUGUCCAAGUUUCAACUGUGAGUUUCAAUGAAAAACCAGAAUUAUCCCUGAACUAUUUGAAAUCUCAAAUCAUCAGUGAUGAUCCUUCUUCUUUAUUUAUUGUAACAAAAAGUUUAGGAAAGUUCAUAUGCGAAAAACUGCCUCUAGACCAACUGUAUCCAUUUCUACGGUGUUUAGUCAAUGGCCUCUGUGAUCCUCAUUCUCAGAGUUCUUCCGGUGCCUCAGUUGUGCUGAAUACAGUAAUCAAGCAUAGAGGAAGAGAACUCAGAGUUGAAAUUCCAAAUAUCAUAGAAGCUGUAAGGGAUAUCUUAAAUUCUGUUCAGUGUCCUCAUACACGUAAAGGAGCUUUGCGCUGUUUCCAGAAUUUAGCUAAUCAUCAUUUAACAGCUGUUUUGGUAUCAUUACUCAACUCUCCUGUUCCUUUAGACAUGAAUACAACUGAUAUCUGGCAAACUCUGAGUCAAGAUAAGAGCCUUGCCAAUCAUAUCAUUGAAUACUUCUUGGAAAUAUUCUCAGAUAAUGUAAUAUCAUCUCCUCCUGAUCCUCAUGGACGAAGCAUUGCUUAUGUUGCAGCUCACAAACCUUUAGCUGCUAUAUGUGCCUUACGAGAAAUGUUCAAAGUACCUGAGAUGGAAACAUGUAGCAGAGAGCAUUUUGAUAGACUAUUUUCUUCUCUUGUGAUUGUCUCAGGAGCUUAUGUUGGAGCAGUUUUUCCAGUUUAUUCUGCAGAUAAUGUUAAAAGUCUUGCUGCUUUACAAAAGAAAAAUGAUCCAAAAUCAUCUAGUCAGUCACCUGUGAGAUUUGCAGUUGAAACUCUGAAAAAUUUCCUUCUAUGUGUAAAAGAAGAUGUCAUUGUUUCGUCUAUGAAUGAAGGGGGUUAUUGGGUUAUGAUGGAAGAGCAAGAUAAAUAUCCAGAGGCUAUUGCUGCUCUAGGAAGAGCCAUAUGUAUGUGCUGCCCAGAUCAAGUACCCAAGUUGAUUACUGUUUUGAACCCAUUGCUGAACAGUUCUUUGGAUGUACAUCGUAUUGUUUCUGUAUCUCUGUUUGUAGAGUUUCUCUCCCAGAGUUAUAAGGGCAGAAAAACUCUUACUGAGCCGUUGAUGAAUAGUUUGUUGGGAAGAUUGGUAGAUUCAUCAGCAGUAGUUCGUCGUCUUUGCAUUUCUGGACUUGGAAAUAUUUCUAUGUUAGAUAAAGAGCAGAUUGACAGAUAUUCAACUACUAUUCUAUCUGCAAUGAUGACAGGAAUGGAUGACAGAGAAGAUCCUGGUUGUAAUAUUACUUUAGAAGCUAUGAGUGGACUCUCUUCCAUUUUGUCUCAAGUAGCUGAAGCAGAUGUCAGAAACAUACUAAUUAACAUUGCACUAAGGAUAAAGCCUAUGUUUGAAAAGGAAAAGCCAUUAGUACGAGCUGCAGCAUUUACUUUGUUUGGGAAUCUGUCUCGAUUUGCAAAUGGGCCAUCGAAAGAACAGUUUCUUGAGCAAGUGCAUGGCAAUUUAGUACCCCUUCUUUUGCAUUUGAAUGAUGAAGAUAAGCAUGUAAUAAAAGCUUGUAAGUAUAGUCUGAGACAUCUUGGUCCCAUUUUAGAAUCAGAUGAAAUGAAUAAUAUGUUUCAAAAGCACCUGUUAGAUGAUGCGCAUUUGCAUUAUGGUGAAUUCAUCAAUGACCUUACAAAGACUGUGAUAACAGAUUUUCCUGAUAAAGUGGGAUUUUACGCCACUACUUGUUUGUCCUAUCUGAAGAGCCCAUUUACUACUAUUCAAUGUAAUGCAACAGCAUUUUUAGGUUAUUUACUUGGAAACAUACCAGCUGAAAAACAAAAUCUUGUAUCUAAAGAAAGAAUUUGUUCAGCUUUACUUGUACUCUUAAAAGACCAGUGUCCUGAAGUAAGAAUAAGAGUGGCUGAAUCUUUAAGUUUGUUGUAUAAUUACUGAGUAUUCCUGAAAUAAGUGAUUCAGCAUUAGUGAGGAUUCUGCGUUUGUAGAUGAAAGAAAGUACAAAGUUGGUGUUCAGAGCUGAGCAUCAGAUUUCAUUGUGAAUCAAAAUAAUUUAUAAACUUUAGUCAGUUAGGUUGUAGUUUAUUUGUAUAAUAGAGUGUAUUAUAGAUAAUCACAGAGUUGCUAUUUUCAUGAAUUAUAGUUUUUCUGAAAGCUUGUUAUAAUGCAAUCUGUAAUUAUCAAAAAUGAUACUUUUUUAAUCUCAAUAUUUUCAAAUCAAACAAUACACAUUUAUUUUCUGUUUUAAUAAAUGUACUUAACAAAAUAUCAAUAAUAUAUACAAUUGUGAUCCGACUUCCAUGAUGCACAUUAAUCUAAUGAAUUCAGUAUUUUUAUUAGACAGGUUAAUAUAGCUAUAAUGUCAUUAAAUAUGCAUAUUGUCUAUAUUAUAUGAUCAUAUGUGUUUAAUUCCUCUUAAUCAGGAAUAACUACCAAUGUAUCAAAUAACUGCACAGAUGUAUUAUAGAAAAUCAAUGAAUAUGUAAUUUAUAUGAGAUCAUACUUAUAAUAUUUAAGAAAUUAUCACUGGUAAUUACUGUUUUCAUUUUUUUAAAUAUAAUUAAUUUUUAAUUUUUUUAAUUAAGUUUGUUUAUAUCAUUGUUCAAGCAAAUUAGAAAAAAAAAAUAUUAACUAAAAAAAUUUCUUGCAUUGGAAAGAUCUUUUAACAUUUUUUUUUACUUAUGAAAAAUUAAGUUUAUCUGUAUUAAGAAAUUUUAUAAAAUAUUCUAAGCUGAAAAGAAAUUAAAAUGUUAAAAUACUGUUUUCCUAAAUUAAUAGAUUUUUUAAAAAAUCAAAUUAACUGUUAAAGUAAGUGUUGAAGCAUUUUUACUAUAAAUUUUACAUUCACCUAAUAUGAAUCAACUAAAUUUAAUGUAUUUUAAUAUGAAGAAAUAUGUUUUCAACAUUUUGUGUAAGUUUCUUUUCAGCAAAACAAACUGAAACAUAAAUAUUAUUAAAUAUUAAACUUAAAUUGUAAUUAAUGUACAAACAUUUGAAAUUUUUUAAAAAAACCACUUAAUUUUUAUACCAUUUUAAAUCGUAGGCAAGUCAUAUUUCGUUUUCCUUUUUUAUUUAUUUUUUAUUUUUGCCAAUAAAAAAGAAAAUUCAAAAGAGUAAUAACCAUUUAUAGCAGACAAAUACAUAUAUGCAAUUGAUUAAUUUUAUUUAUAUGAAACAUUAAAUCCUUAAUUAAACAUUUAAUCCUUAUUUGUUAGAAUCAAAUAACAGCCAAUACUAAAUACUAUGUACAUUCCUCAUUUAUAAGAAAAAGCAAAUGGCUUCAAAUUAUGGAUGUUCCUGAAAUAGACUAUUCUGAGAAAUAUUUUUCAUAUCAUUUAAAAUAAAUCUUUCGAAUUUCUUAUCUUUUUAUUUCUAGUGGAAUUUUUUUAUCACAAUAUUUUGUACUAUUAUGUCUUUACUGUCUGUUGGACAGCUGAACAAAUUAUUUUUUGAUUUUUUUUUCUAUAGAUUAUCAAUUAUAAAUAAAUGUUUUUAUUCUAGUAGAUUUAAUAAUAAAGUACUUAUUGUGAUAUUCAUAUCUAUUUCUUGUAUGCAUAUAUAGAAUAAUAGCCAAAUUUACUGUAAAACACAAGCUUUUAUGAAACAUUUAAUAGCAAUACUAGUUAUUGUGCCUCUUCCUAUUGAAAAUAACCUCAUUUUAAUAAACAAUACAAAACCUAUGCUUCUCUUUGAUCCAUAUAAGAUAGUAGGCAGUGAUUUAAAAUUUAAUUUUUUUCAACUACUAUGAAAUUUUUAAUAUGUAGAAACAUGCAUAAAGAUGCUCAAAAUGAUUCAUUUAAAAUUACUUGAAAAUAAACUGUUUGAAGCUUAAAUGAAUUUCAGUCUGAUGAUGAAACAUUUUGUUCCAAAAAUCUGCCCAUGUAUUUUUUUUUUCUUUGAAUUUAAAUCUGUAAAAUAAAACUAAUGAAAGUUUGAAUAUUAUAGAUAUGAGUUUACAUAAAAAAGAAAUAAUACAUCCACAGUAAUUCAUUUAUAGAAAUAGGCAGGAUAAAGUAUGCUAUAUUUUUAUAACUUAUUGAUAGUUCAUUUCAUUUAUAAUUUCAUUCUUUAUGAGAAUUAACAUCUAAAUACUUUGAUAUUGAGUAAUAUUCUGUAAUUUUUAAUAUUUUGUAGAAAAUAUGUAAAUAAUGAUUUGUGCCAUAUACCAUAUAUUCUUUUCUCUUCAAUCUGGAAAAUAGUUGAAAGGGAAUUUUCUGUAUUGCUGUAAGUGAAUAAUAUCUUAUAUCAGCUUUGACUGCAUUCCUGUGCUUUUUUAGAUGCUUAUAUUGUUUUAUAAUACAUUACGAUUCUGUUAUUUACUUUGAAAAAGUAUUUAGUAUAUACUAUUUUUUGUUACAAUAUUAACUUGCUUUUGUAAAUUGUAUAUUAUAUGAAAUAAAGUAUGUUUUGAAAGA